AUGGAGGUGACCGUGGAGGAGUGGGGAUAUAAGGAGAUGCUUUGUAACCCUUGCAGCUGUUCAUGGGGGCUGGUCAGAGGACUGCCCACUGGGGAGCCCCUGGUGACCUGUAACCAAGAAGGCUGUGCUGUCAGGAGGCACAGCUCCCUAGAAUAUAUCUUCUUCAUGCUCAUCUUGACCUACUACAUCUUCACGCUCUUGGACAACCUGACCAUCAUCCUAUUUUCCUACUUCAAACCCCAUCUCCACUCCCCCAUAUACUUCUUCCUCUCCAACCUCUCCAUCCUGGACCACAGCUUCAUCACCAACAUUGUCCCACAGAUGCUGUGGAACCUACACAGACCAGAGAGAACCAUAGCCAAUCAAGGCUGCAUGCAACUGGCUGUCAUGACCUGGGUCCUUGGCUUUGUGGAGUCCCUAGUCCAUUUGAUACCUACCUUGCCAUUGUCCCUCUGUGGACACUAUGUUGUGGAUGACUACUUGUUGAAAAACCUGCCUUGGUUAAAAUCACCGGCAACCAAUACUGUGGUUACCCCCAACCCGAGUAACAAAGAUGUGAAAGAAGCCCUGAGCAGGCUCCUUCUUCAGGGAUCUCUCACUCCAGAAAUAUUCACCUCCACUCUGGCUGAGGCCUUUGGGGGAAGAGCUCCUAAUAGUCACCCAGAAAAGCUCAUGCUUCUGAUCGCUCCAGUUCUCCAGCUGUCUGAGUUGAAGGAAAGGAAGAGACUGGUUCAGGAGCGAAGCCAAUACACUGAAGAACAUCUGAUUAUGAGGAAGUUGCAGAGGAUGAAAGAGGAAUACAUCCUCAGUGAAAGAGGUCCCCGCCAGGAAGAGAUGGGAGUGGCCAACCAUAGCUUUAUGGGAGAUUUCAUCCUGGCAGGCUUCUCUAAUCAGCCAGAGGUGGAAGCGCUACUCUUUGGGCUUAUCAUCUUCUACUUUUUGACCCUAGUGGGGAACUUGACCAUCAUCCUGGUAUCCUGUUUUGACCCUUGCCUCCACACCCCCAUGUACUUCUUUCUUAGCAACCUCUCCUUCCUGGAGCUCGGCUUCACCACUAGUUGUGUCCCCCAAAUGCUGGUCAACCUGAUUCAUUCAGAAAGGGUCAUCAGUCACCUUGGUUGUGUUGUCCAGCUCUAUAUUUUUCUGUGGCAUGGAGCCACCGAGUGUGUCCUGCUAGUGGUCAUGGCCUUCGACCUUUAUGUGGCCAUCUGCCAACCCCUGAACUACUUGACUAUUAUGCAUCCACGCCCCUGCUUCUUCCUGGCUACUAUAGCUUGGGGGACUGGGCUAAUUCAGGCCUUGAUCCAGUCUUCAUCCACCCUCUGCCUGUCUUUCUGCCACACUCGACUAGUGGAUGACUUCGUGUGCGAGGUGCCUGCUCUGAUCUACCUUGCAUUUGGGGUCACCACCCUCAACGAGGUCCAGAUGUCUGUGGCCAGUGUCCUCCUCCUGGUGGUGCCCUUGAUUUUGAUCAUGAUUUCCUAUGGCCACAUUGCUGGGGCUGUGCUGAAUAUCAAAUCAGGCUUAGGAUGCCACAAGACCUGGAGAACCUGUGGAUCCCAUCUGGUGGUUGUCUCCCUCCUUUACAGCACUGUCUCAGCCAUCUACCUCCAUCCCAAGAACCACUAUGCUCAGCAGAAGGGCAAAUUCCUCACCCUACUGUACACUGUGGUCACCCCUACACUCAACCCACUCAUCUACUCCUUGCAGAACACUGAGGUCAAGAAGGCUGUUAGGAGGCUGACAAGGAUAGGCAGAGAGAGGCUUCCAGAAGACUUGAAACACUGA